GCAGAGCUGAGAAAAGAGAAGGGAAGCAGCCUGGUCAGAAGGGGUUGUGACAACCCCAGCAAUGUGGAGAAGCCUGGGGCUUGCCCUGGCUCUCUGUCUUCUCCCGUGGGGAGGAGCAGAGAGCCAGGGACAAAGCUCCUUUUGUAAGCAACCUCCAGCCUGGAGCAUAAGGGAUCAAAAUCCAAUGCUGAACUCAAGUGGUUCAGUGACAGUGGUUGCUCUUCUUCAAGCCAGCUGAUACCUGUGCAUACUGCAGGCAUCCAGAUUGGAAGACCUGCGGGUAAAGCUGGAGAAAGAAGGAUUUUUGAACAUCUCCUAUGUUGUUGUUAAUCAUCAAGGACUCUCUUCUCAAUUAAAAUAUAUGUAUCUUAAAAAUAAGGUUUCAGAGCACAUUCCUGUUUAUCAACAAGAAGAAAAUCAAACAGAUGUCUGGACUCUCUUAAAUGGGAAAAAGGAUGACUUCCUCAUAUAUGACAGAUGUGGCCGUCUUGUAUAUCAUCUUGGUUUGCCUUACUCCUUCCUAACUUUUCCAUAUGUAGAAGAAGCCAUUAAGAGGGCUUACUGUGAAGAGAAAUGUGGAAACUGCUCUCUCACGGUCCUGGAAGAUGAAGAGGUCUGUAAAAUGGUAUCUUCAGGCACCGUGGAAAGCACAACUGAGGCUCCCCAACCACAUCCCCAUGACCACCACCUUCACCAUCAUCAUCAUCAUCAUCACAAGCAUUGGCAUCGGCUGAUGCCUCAUGGGAAUGAUGAGCUUUCAGAGAAUCAGCAACCAGAAGAACCAGAUGUUUCCGAGCAUCCUGCACCUCAAGGCCUUCAUCGCCACCAUAAGCACAAGGACCACCAGAGACAGGGCCACCCAGACAACUGAGAUAUGCCAGCAGGAAGUGAAAGUUUACAACUUUCUGUUCCACAAAAUCAGCUCUGACGAAAGGGAUGUAGAAACCAGUUACUCUGCAAAUUGCCUAGAGAUUCAGGGUUGGCCCCUAGCAGCUGAUGCUGACACUGACGACAUCUGAUAUUUGAAAAGACAGGGUCUGCAAUCACCUGACAAUGUAAAGAAACCCUCCCCUCUUUAUGCAGCUGACAGGGACUUUGGGCAGAGGAGAACGUCAUUGAGUCUUGACAGUGACGUUGGCCUCCAGCUGCAUGACAAGCAAGUCAGCAGCUCAGGCCCACAGAAGCCAGCACCAAUUGAAGCUGAAAAUAUAAGACCAAAAUGUGAAAAUGACUUACAUACUAAAUACUUUAAAUAGGAUAUAUUCCCCAAGUCAGCCUAGACAAUUUCAUUUCCAGCUUUUUACAAGCUACCACAAUAAUAAUGAUCCAAAAAUAAGAAUCGGAUUUGUACAAAGAAAUCUAUUAUAUUGGCCUCCAAAUUUUAAAGUUUAAGUCAGAGAAAUUUUGACCCAAACCAUAUUUUCAUUAUUUUAUUAUAAAAGGUGAUUGCAGCAUUUGGUUAAUAUGUCUUUCUUUUUCUUUUUCCAGCAUUCUACUUGCAUUAAUGAAAACAGAGACAUAAACUAUGACCUAGGGGUUUCUGUUGGAUAGUUAGCAAUUUAGAAUGGAGGAAGAACAACAAAGACAUGUUUUCCAUUUUUUUCUUUACUUAUUUCUCAAAAAAACAUUUAGUCUUUUUAAUCUUACAUUUUUAACUGAUUAAACCUUUAAAGAACUCAGUGAAUUCUAUCUUUUAGGUUCCAGAAAUACUGACACAAAUAUUUUAAAUAUCCAUUUACACUUUGUAUAUCUAAGAGUCAUAUCUUGGUUUUUACUAUCACAUAUACAUGAAGCCUUUAUAUCUUGUUUCUUUAUCUAGCAUUGUAUCACCCUCUUUAAAAUUUGAGAUAGUCUAUCUUGAAAGUUGUAAUGGAAAAGAUAAAAGAAUGUUGUCUAUAUCUUGAUUGCUUAGAAAGUAUUUCCAUAGUCAAUGAUGGUUCAAUAGGUAAACUAAGUCCUAUAAACCUGAACUCCUAUAUGGUUAAUACUAUUAAGCAAGAAUGUAGUGCAUAAUUGACCAAAUGUGGAUUUGUUUAAAUAAACUCAAUUUAAAAAGUU